GGGGAAGAUAGUGGACAACAGAACAGUGCAAACACACAAAUCUCUGUCCAUCCAGACACCCAUUCCAAACUCAUGCGCCCACAAAACACAGAGUGCGGGCUCGGCUGGAAGCUGGCCAGACAUCGCUUUGAACCUUUGAGCCCUUUGGACUGGAGAUGGGCAACGCUUUAACUGAUCCCAGGUCACAAAGUAGCUGCAGGUACCAGGGCCGAACCGCAGCCAGACUCCACAGAGUGCGGGGUGUGGUGGAGAAAUACGAGAGGCUGUGUGAUCGAACACACCGCCCCACACCCAGGGAUAAAUGUGAUGGACAAGAAGCCAAAAAAGAUUCUCGCCGUCACAAUAUUUUGUGAGUGGAGGAGAGAGAGAGAAAAAGAAAAAGCGAGAAAGAGAACAGCGGCCUUUUUAAAAGAUCAUGGAAGCCCAGCUGGUGGCCCAGAGGCUGCUGUUUCCCAAUGUCACGGAGUUUAACGCCUCCCGGCAGUGUAACGGGACGCCUGGCUGCGACUACACCAACGGUGGCGAGGGAGAGGACGCAGAAUUCUACAGCGUGAGCCUGUUCCUGUCCUGUGUGUACACGGUGUUCCUGUUCCCCGUGGGGUUCAUCGGCAACAGCCUGAUCCUGGUGGUCAACCUGGACCAGCAUGAGAAGAUGACCAUCCCGGACCUGUACUUUGUCAACCUGGCCGCGGCUGACCUGAUCCUCGUGGCCGACUCCCUCAUCGAAGUCUUCAACCUGAACGACAGGUAUUACGACAUCGCCGUGCUCUGUACCUUCAUGUCCCUCUUCCUGCAGAUCAACAUGUACAGCAGCAUCUUCUUCCUGACCUGGAUGAGCUUCGACCGUUACCUGGCGUUGGCCUGGGCAGCGAAGCCCUCGGGCCCCCUGAGGACCAUGCGACACGCCCGGUGGAGCUGCGGGCUGAUCUGGCUGGCGGCCGUGUUGGCGGCUCGGCCCUUCGCCGUGGUUCAGGCCAGCCACGCGGACGAGCCCACCUUCUGCUUUGCCGACGUGCCCGAGAUCCAGUGGAUGGAGGUGACGCUGGGCUUUGUGCUGCCCUUUUCGGUCAUCGGCCUGUGCUACUCGCUGACCGUCCGUGUGCUGGUCAGGGCGCAGAAGCACAGGCGGCUCUGGCCGCGGCGACAGAGGGCCCUGCGCAUGAUCGCGGUGGUGGUGCUCGUGUUCUUUGUCUGUUGGCUGCCGGAAAACAUCUUCAUCAGCUUCCGGCUCCUGCAGGGACAGCAGCGGCCCUCGGAGGCCCUCGGCUCGCAGGGGCCUGGCUAUCCAGAGCCCGCCGGCCGCUACCACCCGCUGGUCCAUCACGUGGUCACCCUGGCGGCCUUCUCCAACAGCUGCCUGAACCCCAUCAUCUACAGCUUCCUGGGCGAGACCUUCAGGGACAAGCUACGGCUGUAUGUGAAGAGGAAGGCCAGCGCCUCCGCGCUGUACCGGCUCUGCAGCAGCACGCUGAGCUGGAAUGUUCCAGGGAACGCCGAGGAGUCCGACGCCAGAGAGGUGCGGGUCCUCACGCACUUCCCGCGGUGAAAGGGCUUGGUAGACGUCCUCUCCCUUGA